GAAACUGGUCUAUUAGGAAAUCUGUUAAGAGUUAAUCAAUUAGAUAAGAAAUAUUUACUUGCAUAGUUGCCUGACAUUUUUUACUACGUUCGCAUGUGAUAUCUUAUCUCAUAGUUGUCCACUGUGUAGCCCAGCAGACACAUUACAGUACCAAGCAUCGGCAGUCGGCACCUUUCCUUUCGCAAGGAAUAUUUCAGUUUUGGAAAUAUUGUUCGUCAUGGACAAAUUUAUCACCAAUGAUUCCAGAACUGUAGAUCAGCUGGAUAUCAUACAGCAACUACACGAGAAAUGUAUGGAGUCGGUUGUGGAAUACAUUUUUUCUUUGUUAGACAUCAGCUGUUUACGUACUGCUGAAACAGUUUGUAAACUCUGGUACUCCAUCGUAAAGAAAAGAAAACUUUGGAAAAAACUUUACCAAAACCACAAUUUUAGAUCCUCCACAUUGAAUCUACUACUAGAUCGACGAACAUGUGAAGGCUUUAAUACUGCCGAAGAUGAGUUCCUGCAUAAAAGACUGUUAAACGCUUAUGAAAAAGUUCAGCAAAACUGGGUUAUAGGAACUCACGUGAAAAAAUCCGUCAAUGUUGGUCACUGCUCGCGAUUCGUCAUGGAUUCAAAGCGCGUCAUAACAAUGGAUUCGACUCUUUGUGUUACCAUGUGGAAUAGGUGGACUCUAGAGGAAGAACGUUUACCACUGGAGUCUGAAGAUGGCAUUUCAGAAUUAACUCAUCUUCAAUUGGCCGAGGAUUUGGUCUUUUGUUCGUAUCGAGACGGCACAAUCGUAGCGUGGGAUAUAAUGGAAAAAGCUGUUAGUUUUCGGUUCAAAGACGAAAAUAUUAGUGGUUGCGAUUUGAAAAUUCAUACUGCCCAUGGCUUAUUGGUUAGUUUUGUGACAGUAACUGGGUCAGUUAGGGGUUGUGAUCAGACCAGAUUUUCAGUACGAUCCGUUCAAAAACCUUUUAGCAUUGUUGCAGAAGAAUUGACAAAACGAAUUCCUUGUGCCAGAGUGAAAGAUGUAACGUCCGAUAAUAAUUAUUUUGUUGUAUUCUUGUUUUGCUCAAACAACUAUGUCGUUUCGGCUGAAGAUGUUAAGAUUCAGCUUCGGUCCAUAGAUACUUUUGAGAUCCUUCGCGAAAUUUGUGGAAUUAUGCCAUCGGAUCACGUAUUCAAAUACUUUGAUGGGUGGCUUGUAGCUGGAAUUCGAACCAUUCGUAUAUGGGACAUAGAGAAAAGUAAUUGUCAGCACGUCAUUCCACAUUCAAACAGUAGUACAGAGGAAUAUGAAACGCUAGUGGUUGAUGUCCAACUUGACGGUGAGCGUCUCAUAAUUCGCGAUAAUUCUGGGACGUUUAAAGUUUGGUUGUUUUGUUGUAAUAAGGAAGUGAAUUUUUCAAACAGAAUAGGACGUCUUUCAAACAAUAGUCUUUCAAUAUCAUCAGAACCUAUUGCGAGAAGAUGUGAAAAGUUUAAGUUUGAUGAGCUCCAAAUUAUUACGGUAGAAAGAGUCCAAGACGACAUUCGUGGCCCAUUUGACCUGCUUGUAAUGAGAAAUUUUUUCUGAUAUGACCACUGUUUACUGGUUAUAUCAUUGCAUCUCUUAAUUUGUGAAAACUACAUAAACUGUAAACAAUGGCAAGAAAAAUUCAAAAUGUUCCUUUCUAUUCUUUCAAUUUACAACCUUAGGCAUGAGAGCUACUGCUUGCUUAAUCCUUUUUCAAAUAAUCUCUUUCUACAACCAGGGAUUCAUAGCUGAAAGUUAAUUUUUUACUGAAAAAUGUCCCAAUGGUAUCUCAAAGUGUUUAUCUGGUAGCAUUAUGCUUCCCAUUAGUUUAUUUUAAAAAUUGUAUUUACCUUGAUUUCAUUAUUAAUUCAUUCAAUUACCUGACAUGAAUAUAAUUUCCAUAAUAGCAAAAACACAAUUGCUCAAAGCUAAAAAGAGAUGUAUACAUGAAAGGUGACAUGCAUUUAAAAAAUUCUUUGCUGGCAAGAACGAAGUUUUCGUGUAAUGUUUCCUAUGCAAUUCGAUGAUAUACGCACAUAUACGUGUCGACAUUUGUCUUUCAGGUAAA